UGCUUCCAAGCAUAAGUGCAAAAUGUAUUUUUUCUUACUAUUUAUAUUAGCUUUAACAAUUUUAACGUUUGGAUUAAAAAUAUAUCAAAAAUUUACUUGUGGCAUAUGUGACUGUAGUGCUCACUUAGUGGGGAAAGUUGCUAUUGUAACAGGUGGAAACUCUGGUAUUGGUUUCGAAAUAGCAAAGGAUUUGGCAGCCCGUGGUGCUAGAGUGAUUAUUGCAUGCAGAAGUGUUAUCCGCGCAUCGGAGGCUACAGAAGAAAUUAUUAAAAGCACUGGUAAUAGAAAUGUAAUAUAUCAACAGGUUGACUUUGCCUCAUUUCGAUCAGUACGUGCUUUUUGUGAAAAGAUAUACACAACUGAAGAGCGUAUAGAUUUGCUUAUAAAUAAUGCUGGUGCAGGAGGUCUUGGCAACUACAAAAGUGAAGACAGAAAUCAAAUCACAAUUCAAGUUAAUUUCUUUAGUCCAUUUCUAUUGACGUGCCUUUUGAUACCUUUACUAAAAUCUUCAGCUCCAAGUAGGAUCAUAAAUGUAUCUUCAACCUUACAUAGGUAUGGAAAACUGGAUUUAGACAAUUUUAACAUGGAUAAAUAUUGUGCCGAAUAUUUAUUGUAUGCGAAUAGUAAAUUAUAUGUAAAUUUGAUGACGUUAGAACUAAGCAGAAGAUUGAAAGGCAGCCAAGUAACGGUAAAUGCAAACCACCCUGGUAUUAGUGCAACGAAUAUAUUUAGACGAAUAAAAAAUAAUUUUAUUAGAAGCACAGUUGAAGCAAUUAUUGGGUUUGUAUAUAAAAGUCCAUGGGAGGCUGCACAAACUUCAUUAUAUUUGGCAGUUUCACCUGAUGUGAAGGAUGUAAGUGGUAAAUAUUUUUCUAACUGUCGAGAGGAAACACCGUCCCGUUUAUCACAAGAUACGGAACUAGCAAAGAAACUUUGGAUUAAAACUGAGAAGAUAGUUAAUUUGUCACUAGAUUAAUAAGAAGAUAUUAAUUACAUUUUUAAUGAUAUACUCCAUUCGUCAAACAUGUUUAUAUAACAAAUUGUUGAAGUUAUUUGAGUAAGGAUUGGUCUCCUCUGCGCUCCAACUAAAUACCGCACUACCUAAGAACAAUAGCUUUUUUAUUACGGCAACUAUUAGAUGCUUGUGUGCGUGGCAUCUUUCAAAUUUUGUAACAUACGCUUCGUGUAUUUUACAUUGAAGUAAAUAAAAUACAAAAUACUUACUGGUGAUAUGUGAUGCCAGUGUCUUUCUUAUUUCUUGUAACUUAUUAUUUUUACAAAGUUUUACUACGCCAGCCGGUAUUUUUGUUUCAAUUAUUAGCAAAGUUUAACAUAAUACAUGGCAUGUCAACGUAACACAUUGUUCGAGACUGGCUCGAGUACGCACACUUAGGCGUAGUAUUAGUUACCGCACUUUGCGACUACGGUAUCUAGUUGGAGCGCAGUGGAGACCAAUCCUUAAUCUAUGUUAUUGAAGUUAAAUCAAUAAUUCCACAAUUGUUUACGUUUUUGACAAUGUCGCCAGAAUGUCGGAUCAAUGACAGAUUACGAAGUUUCAAUAUUUCUGAUUAAAGAGGUCAUUUGGUGACUUUUUAUCUUAUGACGGUAUAUCGUAAUUAUAGUACGCAUGGUUGAAGUACGAAUUAUAAGAUUUUUUUUUUUAUAAUAUGUUACAAAUAUAACCCGUGUUUAGUUGGCAGUAUACGUUUAUUAGAUUUCUUAUAGCAUUGCAAGUGUUUCCUUACAAUUUGAAUUUUCAGUAAAGUACCAUUAAGUAUAUUAAUGGAUGGAUUUUUACUCUAUUAUCUUUCUGAGGAAUUCACGUGUUGCGAUGUUAAUGCGGAAUCAUUGUGCUUUAAUAAAAAAAAAGUUGAUAUGAGGUAUCAUAUGAGAAUAAAAAAAAUCUAGAACA